GGGACGUGUGCCUCAGACCCCCAGACCAAGGCAGACACCCAAACCAAGCGCAAGAAGGGAGUUCACAACAAGCGGCAUGUUCGUCAGCCCCGGGCCGCGCAACCCAAUCCCGAACCUAAACCUGAAGGGCAGAACCGGACCAAGCCUCGCGCAGAAAUCAAUGACCAGCAGGACGCAACACCGAGAGACAGAUGAGAGUCAACUGCAAACAGCCUCUUCGUCACGCCCGGCCCGUCCAUUCUCCCGCGCAAUUCACCCCGACCCACGCCAAACCAGGGCACACCAGGCGCGGAUACGGGUACCGGGACGCGGUGGACACCAACCUAAACCCUGAGUUUCAGGGAGGAGAUAAUGCAGACGCAACUCCAACCGCAAAUGCAAACGCACAGCCCAGGGAGGUAGUCGACCUCACGGGUGACGUUGAAAACACCGUGGACCCUACGGGUGACGACGACGACGACGGCGCCGUCGACAGGGGCGGAUCCGUACAUGGACCCGGAGACGGCGCUGGGAACGGUGAAAACAGAACUUUCCAAGCCGCGGAUAGCCUUCUCGGCGACGAUGUCUCUGGCGGUGACAUCGACAUGGAUCUGAGUUCUGACACGGACGGAGAGGAGUUGAGGUGAGGAUAAUGCGGGGCGUAGGAAUGGCAGCGCACGUGGUAGCCAUGCUAGUGCCCGUCGCUGGGGAGGUAUUUCGCUUGCAGGUGUUUCAAGACCUGGAAUCCGAGAAUUCUGACGAAGAUGAUGACCUUGAAUCGGAUUCAGAUUCAGACGACGAGGACG